UUUCUUUUCUCUUCUAUCAAAUCCAUUUUCGCAUUUCUUGCUUAUCAGCAUGGCCACUCUCCUGGGCCCACCUGAACUCUCAAAACCACAACCAACCCCCGUCGCCGUGGCCGCCGCCACCACCACCACCACCGCAGUCUCAGAACCAUUCAUUGACCUAAUGGUCUCGAAAUUUAACAAUCCCAAACCCCCAAUGGGCUUGACAGAGAACCAGUCCGCUACAUUCUUGUCAACCGGGAACCCAUGCCUUGACUUCUUCUUCCACGUCGUUCCCGACACUCCCUCCGACUCCCUCCGAGAGAGACUCGACGUGGCAUGGGCCCACAACCCCCUCACCACACUCAAACUCGUCUGUAACCUCCGAGGCGUACGCGGAACCGGCAAGUCCGAUCGCGAAGGCUUCUACACUGCUGCCAUGUGGCUCUUCUCUAACCACCCCAAGACACUCGCAGCCAACCUCCCUUCCUUCGCCGAAUUCGGUUACUUCAAGGACCUUCCGGAAGUUCUAUACAGGAUUCUAGAAGGUUCCGAUGUGCGAAAGAAUCAGAAGGAGCAGUGGCUCAGCGUAAAAGGCUCCAGAAAGAGGAACAGGUUCAAGAAGAUGAGGGGAACAAACGCGUUCUACCUGGGGAGGGGAAGAGGAAGGGGAGCGUUCCAGCGGAGGAGGGGAAGGGGAACCAGAAGCAAUUUGAGGAAUGCCAGAAACAACGGGAGCAUGAAGAAGCCCUUUGAGAAUUUGACGAACGAGAUGAUGAAGAAGGAGAAGGAAACCGCACGUUCUCUCAGGGAACAAAAGAAGGUUUCCAUGGCCAAGAAGCUCCUUAACCGUUACAACGACGAUGCAAAUUUUCAGCUCCUCCACGAUAGCAUCUCCGAUCAUUUUGCCAACUGUUUGAAGAACGAUCUGGAGUUGUUAAAUUCCGACAAAUCAACGGCUAUGAGUCUUGCUGCGAAGUGGUGUCCCUCUCUUGACUCUUCCUUUGACCGAUCCACGCUUCUAUGUGAAUCCAUUGCGAGGAGGAUGUUCCCUCGCACCGAGUAUGAAGGAAUCGAGGAGGCGCAUUAUGCUUACAGGAUCCGUGAUCGGUUACGAAAGGAGGUUCUUGUCCCUCUUCGGAAGAUUCUAGAACUUCCAGAGGUUUACAUGAGUGAGAAACGCUGGGAUUCGAUCCCAUACAACAGAGUGGCCUCUGUGGCUAUGAAGCUCUAUAAGGAGAAGUUCUUGAAGCAUGAUAAAGAGAGGUUCAUGAAGUACCUUGUGGACGUGAAGUCAGGGAAGACUACCAUUGCCGCUGGAGCAUUGCUUCCUCAUGAGAUCAUACAGUCUUUGCAAUAUCGAUGUCCAUAUCGAUAUGAAGUUUCAGAUGAAGAUGAAGAUGCAUAUGCAGAUGAAUAUGAAGCUGGUGAUGAGGUGGCAGAGCUUCAGUGGAGCAGAAUGGUGAGUGACAUGCUUAAGAAGGGUAAACUGAAGAACUGUUUGGCUGUGUGUGAUGUUUCUGGAAGCAUGCAUGGGACUCCCAUGGAUGUUUGUGUUGCAUUGGGGUUGUUGGUGUCUGAAUUGAACGAGGAACCAUGGAAGGGGAAGGUUAUCACAUUCAGUGCAGAUCCUGAGCUUCAUUUGAUUGAAGGCAAUAGUCUUUAUUCCAAGACCAGCUUUAUUAGGGAGAUGAAGUGGGGGAUGAACACGGAUUUCCAAAGAGUAUUUGAUCGAAUUUUGGAGGUGGCUGUGGAAGGAAAAUUGAAAGAAGAUCAGAUGAUUAAGCGGGUGUUUGUGUUCAGUGACAUGGAGUUCGAUCAAGCAUCCGCGACGCCUUGGGAGACCGAUUACCAAGCAAUUACAAGGAAGUAUAGUGAGAAAGGUUAUGGCUCUGCUGUUCCUCAGAUUGUGUUCUGGAAUCUGAGGGACUCGACGGCCACUCCGGUGACGGCCACCCAGCAAGGAGUGGCCCUCGUGAGUGGAUUCUCUAAGAAUCUUAUGAAGUUGUUCAUGGACAAUGACGGUGAACUCACCCCCGAAAGUUCACUGGAAGCUGCAAUUUCCGGCCCCAAAUAUCAGAAAUUAGUCGUGCUAGAUUAACCAUUUUUUUUAUUACCUUCGAGUUUUCUUAAUCUGUGUAAAUAAGCAGUUAUUCAGUAAUAAAUAUUUGGAUUAAUUAUGCCUAUCAA